AUGGCUGGGACUAUUUUCCGUUUGCUUUUGACCAAUACCACUUCAGCCCACAAAAAUAUUACAACUAUUAGAUCCAUAAACACAGGAACAAUAUCCUAUGCAGCCAGGAAAGGUACAAGAGCUAAGGCACGUGCAAAAAAAAUUCAAGUUGAAGUCACAAAAGUUGGUUUCAUUCCGCACAAUCAAAGAGGGAGAAAGGUAGUUAAAACAGUGGUGAACAAGCAUUUCAGCGAUGAGCACAAAGCAAUACCCAUCGACGAUGUGUAUCCUAUGAAGUAUUACAAAUGGGUGGUCUACACGGCUGAGGAUGCAGUCAAAGCCCACCAGGAGACCCACCACCCGACCAUGUUUAAUGCACCUGAUGCCUUCAUCUUUGCAAAAAUUGAAUUUAACAUGACUGGUAUAAAGCAGACUCGAUUCAUGGAUAGUUUCACUCGUUUGUCCUUGCUGCCUCAUCCUUUCCCAAGAGAAGAAGAGCGCACUAUUCUUGCAUUCUGUAAAGGAGCAGAGUUAAUCAAAGAAUUACAAGAUGCAGGUGCUACAGUGGCUGGAGGCACAGAUAUUAUUAAGAAGAUACAGGAUGGUCAGAUCAAAUUAUUUGAAUAUGAUUACGUUGUAGCCCAUCCAAACAUAUUGACGGAUUUAGUGCCAAUCCGUGGUCUCAUGAAGAAGCGGUUCCCUAACGUGAGGUCUGGAACCCUGGACCCUAAUCUGAAGGAGUUGGUGAAAAAGUUUGCUGGAGGUAUCCAAUAUAAAGUAAUAAAAGACGAAGCACAACCGAGUUUUGGAUCUGUAGAAGUACCAGUUGGCCGGUUAAAUAUGGAACCAAAGCAAGUGGCUGAAAAUAUUGGAAAAUUGCUAAAAGACGUGCAGGCUGUCCGCCCCAAGAGAGAUGGGCUCUUCGUAACAAGAUGCCUGUUGGUAAGUCCUCCAUCUACGGAGCAAUUAAUGAUUGAUCCGUUCGUGUUCGUAGAUAGAACACUGUCGAAAGAGGUCCAAGAUGAUAGCGAUGACGAAGACGAGCCCGUGGCGGCCACAGCGUAAUGCUAUUAUUAGUCUAGUCUGUAGAUAUGUAGAUUCUGUGUAAAAUAUAAUG